GUGUUUGAUUUUGUUGUUUACAAUCGGGUACAUUUUUGAAAUGGCGGAUGAAAAUCCAUCAAAGUUUUUAAAUUGUGUACAACCCUCAGUUGUAAAUUUAUUCAAGUAUUUUGUAAUUUUAAACAAAAAUAUGCUUAAAUUAGGCUUAAGCAUAAAUGACCUGAGAAAGAUGUGCACUAAAGCAAGCAAAGUACGGAAGGAACAUAACCAAGUAUUUGGUUUGCAGUUUCCAAACUGUACGUAUUUAUGUUUUUUAGUGAUGAUCGUUUUUAUCAGCAUUUUAGUAAAAGUUCUCUUUUUGGAGACUGUCGUGAAGAACGCCUUAGGCACGCGAUGCGUUCUGCCUAAUAAUUACUUUGUUUGGGAAGCGACGAGGCCAGUUACGGACUGUAGCAUGUGUAAGGAUGUCACGAAUGUGACGUUGCUUGCUAAUGUAUCAAGGUUAGAGUUUCAGAAGUAUGCUUACUCUCCGCAGCCAAUGUUGGUGAAAGGGGCAGCGCUGCAUUGGCCAGCAAUGCAAGCCUUUAGUUACCACUUCUUCAAAGACAUCUAUGAAACCAUUGAAGGAGCCUAUGAAAGUGUUGAAGAGGAAUGUCAAAUAUUAACUUUUAAAACUGAGUUUAAAUCUUUGCAAGAAGUUUUUGCCAUGUCGGAAGCGCGGGUACAGCAGCACGAAGGUGAACAACCAUGGUAUGUGGGAUGGAUGGGUGUUGAGUGGCAGACUGUGACUGUUGUGGCCAGGAGCAACUGCCACCCGGAGGUCCUGGGGAUGAUGCGACGCUAUUACUCGGCGCCCCACUUCCUGCCAGAGGACGCCGAGCACGCCCACAUGGACUACAUCUUCAUUGGCUACCAGCAGGGCGCUGUCAUGCACAUGGACUACAUCAGCCGGCUGAUGUGGCAGGCCCAGCUGCGCGGCCGCAAGAGGUGGACGCUCGUCCCGCCCCCGGAGUGCAGCGCCGUGUGCCGCGGCCUCAGCUUCCAGGUGGACCCGGGCGACGUGGUGCUGCUGGACACGAGGCAGUGGUACCACGACACCGUGGUCGACUCCUCGGAGAUGAGCGUGACCGUGAGCUCCGAGUACGGCUGAGCUCCCGGCGCCGCUACCGUCCACCUGUGUCAAGCACAGAACUGUACUUUUUAUACUAUAGCCAGUAUUUUAUAUAUCAUUUUUAAAACAUAUUCUAUUUUUAUACUGAUAUUUUCAUAUUUUCAGAUCUGUGUGUUUUUUCCAUCCAGAGGUCGUGUCUGGGUUAGAUCUGUAGUAAUAUUCAGGUUGCUUUGAGUGUAUUUAUUGUUUAAGAUGUCUGUGUGUUUAUUUUUCAAAUUCUAAGAGCUCAAUAUUUUAUGCUUCUAGUCAGAAUAAUAUUUUUUAUAUUUCGUCAAUUUAGGCACAUCGUUAAAGAGAUGUGGGAUUUUUUUGUUCUCAAUUUAUGUUACAAAUGUAACAUAUGUACCAUGUGAGUCUUUUUUAGGCCACGAAACCUUCACUUGCCAAAGCUUACGUCAUUCGCCGAAUGUUUAUGUAACAUUACAUAUACCAGAGUGGCUAGUCAAGUGUGUGUGUUACCAAGGUUUGCUUGUUUUAGCGGCAGCUUGUUUUACAUAAUUUAUGUAUGGCAUGUGCCUGUUGCUUUUAUGGUACAUGAUAUAUGUGCUAUUUUUUUUAAAUAAACAUUCAAUUAUAAUUGUAAAUAUAACAUAUUUAUUUAAAAAUAAAUUUUACUUCAAUGUAUUGUAUAGGAAGUUAGAUAUAUUUUGCAGGAAAUUUAAUCAAUUAUUAGUAACUUCAAAACCACAAAUUUAAACUGCGGGUACGUGGUCUAUAAAAUAGUUCAGUAGUGGGAGGUGUUGUGAUAGUGUCUUUUGCUAUGAACCUGUCUACUUGGAUCGCACAUUUGGGAUAGGGAGUGGGGGUUAUUUAUAUAUUUGUUUACUAUACAAAUGAAAGGAACUUCAGAUACUAUGUACUAACACCUGUUGGCAUAAUAUGCUUAUAACAACAUUAUUUUGCUGUCUGCUUUUCAUUUAAUAGAAUGGCUUAAAUUUUCUAAGUUAUUUAAGGUGUUUGAAAAUAAAAUUAAUUUAAUAUUUUUUGCUGAUAUCAAUCCCCCUAAGAUUUUCAUUAUUUUAGCAGAGUAAUAGGCUGGUUUUUUUGUUUUUCUGAAUUGUUUCUGGCAAAUAAAUUUAUCAGUGAAUUACUUAACAUUUUGAUACAUAGUGUAAGUAAUUCAGAAGUUCUUGACAUUGUUAUAUAUAUUAGUAUAAAACAAUGUCUUGGGGUUUGUAACUCAUGUUUCAUGAAUGUUUCUUCUUAGCCAAGCAUUUUGUUUCUGGGCACAUUUACAAGUAUGUUAAAUGUGCUCUUAUGUGAUCCGUCCAAUGCAGAACACGGUGUGGGGCUAGAGCAAACACAUUGCAUUGACUUCAUUUCCAAAUAUGGCAACUCUGCCUAAACUACUUUUGUCACCGCUGUGGCUGAAAGCACGGCGCAGCACAGUCAACUGCACGGCAGGUGGAGCGCUGCGCUUGCAUUCUCAGCUCUCGUCGAACUGUAUUCAGGCUUAGUUCGAGUAGACAUUUACAUGAGAAAAUAUUGGGAACAUUCCGUGGUUCGUGGUGUUUCUGAUGCGCUCGUAACUCGUAAACACAGUGAUCGUAACCGGCAGCGUGGACCGUGCGAGCAGUGAGUUUCCGCUUGCUGCCAACACAAAGUGUUGGAAGUUUCAAUGGAAAUUUAUGAAAUGGUAUUCUUUUUAUUGGUGUUAUACUUUUAGAAUUAUUUACAUGUUAAUUUUCCUAAUAAAAAAAUACAGUUAUGUUCUAUUUACCAGUUCUCUGCAGUGACACUCCACAUACCUGUGUAAAAUAUUUUUCGACUUUCAUCUAACACUCUAGGACUACACCUAACAAAUUCUACACACACAUUUUUCAGUUUUGGAUGAACGUACACACGUGUUGUAUAAACUACGACUUUCCAACAGGCCUCUGCUUUGUUGCGAGCCACAGGCUGUGAUGCAUUGAGGUGGCGUGUCCGGUCUGUCUUUCAGUCUCCACUUUUAUAGCAUUUUGUGUACCAGUACUGCCAACACUAACUGCAUAACAAACACAAUCAUCAAAUAAAUCAAUUUUCAUUAGUUCAUUAAGAGUAUUUUGGAGAAAAAAAAUUAAUUUUUCCUAAAGCUGUACAAUACGAAUCUGCAGAAGCCAAUUUUGCCAAUAUUUAGUUGAAUCCGCAGCAUUUCUGCCGAUUCACAACAAUGUUCAAUUGAAACAAAAGAAAUUAACCAAUGUUUUUGUUUGUUAAAAAUAAUAUCCUGAAUAAAUUAUUACUAUGUAUUUUCAGAGCAUUUAGAGUACUUGCAAACAGUCCAUAUCUCGGUGCAGUCCUAAUUGUGAUCAUUACUGCACUAGCAUCUGUUGUGGCACAGUAGUCUUGUUUUAAUAGUACAAUGUGUUGUGGUAGAGUCUACGAAUACUUCUAAUACUGUUGCUAGUAGGUAGUUUCAGUAUGUUCACUUUGAGAUAAAUUAUAUCCUGUAUAGUAUUUUUAAGAACACUAUUUUUAAGAACAUUAGGCCUAUAAUAAAUUUUCUGCUGCUGUACACAAAAUUCUUCCAUUUUUUGUACAUCAUGUUACCAAAUUAGGUUAUAUGUUUUUUCAUUAAUAAGUUGUAAUUUAUUAUUUAUAUCUAUAUGUUAAUUGAUAAUAAGGUUUUUAUGUUAUUUUUAAUUGUAGCAGUUUAUGAACUCAGAUAAAUUGGCUUAGAAAUAACACUUGACAAAUUUUCUGAGGUCUGCCGUGAUUAUCAGAAACUUGGCCAAAGAUAUGUAAGUGUGCAGUCUUCGUUCCUUGUGUAGUGCUUCCUGACUGAGUCGUGAACUGUGAUUGUGUAUGUGAGUAUUAUUUAUUGGCUAGGGAAUUAUUUAUACGGCAUUCACUUUGUCCUUCAGAGUGCCAUUGUACCUCGUACCGUUGUUUUAGCGUGAACCAACGGCAGGCCUUGUGUCCAUCCGUCACAUGCGGAGCAGUUCCCAUGAACUGUGUUUUGUAGUUCUGAAUAAAACAGGUUAUUUAAUAA